AUGAUUCUUCCCCGCUUGCGAGCAGAGGCAGGAAAAGGCAGAAGGCAUCAAGCAGCAGCAAAAGAAGCAUACGUAAAUUGGAAGCUUGGAAGGAGUCAUUCUUCCUGUUUGCAAGACUGCCACAUAUCUUUGUACUCUUCAUGGCGUAGAUUCAUCUACCUGGCUAUGUAUGCGUGGCUGCACCAUCUACCGGUCGCCGAUGAGACGGAUCGAGUUGCUGCUGGCGCUGCAUCGGCAAGACGUCUGCUCCGUUUCCCUGCCAGUGAGAUGCUCGAUUCUCGGUCUGUGGAAAGGAAACACGGAGUCGCUGCUGCGAGCGGUGCGGUUCAAGCAUUGCCAGUCAUCCUGACGUUGUUGCUAUUUUUCCGUCAUAGUGGCAGCUUCGAAGGCGCAACCAGCAGCCAGUCUCGCUUCGCGAUUUCGUCUGCUCCCUCCUUUCCCCAGACAGUCGCUUGCAGGACAGCAAACGUCAAAUCAACCACCAGCUAG